AUGCUGCGACGGGGAAAACGGGGAGGUUUUUUGUGGGUAGUGCUGGCUUUGCUGGUAAGCAGUCCUACACAGUAUUUUUGGUACAGAACAACCCUCCAGAUAUCCGAAGACAUCAACUAUCCUGAAUCCUUUAAUUACAAAAUAGCCCUCGCGCUUAUAAUUGCCUGGAUUCUUGUCUACAUGUGCAUGAUCAAGGGCAUCGCGUCUUCUGGAAAAGUAGUAUACGUGACGGCGACGUUUCCUUACAUUGUCCUAGUCAUUUUCUUCUUUAGAGGAAUAACCUUGAAGGGAAUGGGAGAUGGCCUGGUCCAUCUGUUUACUCCAAAGUGGCAUAAAAUUCUAGAUCCUGUAGUCUGGCUCGAAGCCGGCACCCAGAUAUUCUUCUCUCUAGGCUUAGCCUUUGGAGGUCUUAUUGCAUUCAGUUCAUAUAACCCAGUCGAUAACAACUGUUAUAGAGAUGCAAUUAUGGUGUCAAUGACAAACUGCCUCACAUCCAUGUUCGCUGGCAUCGUCGUCUUUUCAAUCAUAGGUUUUAAAGCGACCAUGGUAUAUGAAAAGUGUUUAGAAAUUAGAAAUGCGACACUGCUCGAAGUGUUUGGAUCGGCAUACAGAUCUAUGACAUUUCCUGAGGCGGGACAAAUCGUUACAGUGGACUUAAAUGGCAAUCUAACAAAAUUAAUAAUGCCAAGCUUACCCGAAUGUGAUCUACAGAAGGAACUUGAUAAUACUGCAUCGGGUACAGGAUUGGCCUUCAUAAUAUUCACAGAAGCUAUCAACCAAUUCCCAGGAGCCCAGUUCUGGUCAAUCCUCUUCUUCUUAAUGCUGUUCACCCUCGGCAUAGAUUCGCAGUUCGGAACACUAGAGGGUGUGGUGACUUCCAUUGUGGAUAUGAAACUAUUUCCAAAUCUUCGCAAAGAGUAUUUAACUGGAGGUCUAUGUCUACUCUGUUGCUUAUUGUCUAUGGGAUUUGCUCAUGGCGCCGGAAGCUACAUAUUUCUACUAUUCGACAUGUACAGCGGAAACUUCCCCUUGCUGAUAAUUGCGUUUUGUGAAUGCAUUGGAAUCGCUUACGUGUAUGGAGUUAAGAGAUUCGCAGAUGACAUAGAGUUAAUGACAGGACAGCGUCCAGGUAUAUACUGGUUGAUUUGUUGGAAAUACCUGUCUCCUCUUGCUAUGCUCUCGAUCCUCAUAUCCUCGUUUGCUGAGCUGGCUAUGGAAGGCUCAGGAUAUGAAGCAUGGAUCAGUUCUGAAGGUGAUACUAUAAAGAAACCCUGGCCGAUAUGGGCAAUUCUGUUGGUGCUUGUACUGAUAUUAGCUUCUGUGCUCUGGAUACCCGGCUUGGCUAUAUGCAGAUACUUCGGCAUACCUAUAAUAGAUGAUGAGGAACGUGCAUGGUUUCCAGCAGAUGAUCUUCGAGAUUUCCACGGGAUUGAACCCCGACCCGUCUCCGCUAUUGAAACUGUACUAUUCUGCACUCGACCAGAUGGUACCGAAGGAUGUUGCUGGCCGGGAUGCUGUGAGACAGAUGACGAGGAA